AUGAUGAACGACAUGCCAGGAGGGCCGGGGGGGCCCGGGGGUGGGUUCAACGACCCCAUGGGCGGCGACAAGCCGAUAACGGUUACCUCCGUGCUGAAGGAGUUCCAGGGGCUCAAGGACAAGUUCAAGAAUGAGGAUGAAGAUGACUUCUCUCCGUACCAGGACCUGGAGAAGGCGACCGUGCUGCAGGAGUGCAGGGUGUUCAGCGACAGCAACGUGGUGACCAACAACCCCCGCCGGUGCGGGAUGCUCAUCACGAAGCUGCUCUACAUCCUCAACACCGGGGAAACGCUGUCGUCGUCCGAAACCACGGAGGUGUUCUUCGGGGUGACGAAGCUGUUCCAGAGCCAGGACCACAACCUGAGAAGAAUGAUGUACCUCUUCAUCAAGGAGGUGGCGGAAACGUGUGACCCAGAUGACGUCAUCAUCGGUGAGGGGGCCAAUAGAAGCCGAAAUCGAACCAUUCCACAAUCGAACCAUUCGACUAGUCUGCGCCGACUAGUCUAUUAG